AUAAUGCCACCAGCCCCUCUUUUGCAGAACAUCAUGAAGGGUCCCUUCAAGUUCCUGUGCCCUGUGCUGUAGUGACUGUGGUCUUCAUCACCAUUUUGAUCAUAGCACUCAUUGCCUUAUCAGUGGGACAAUACAAUUGUCCAGGCCUAUAUGCAUUCCCAGUUUUAUCAGACAACAAUGUUUCUUCAUGCUCAGAUGAUUGGGUUGGCUACCAGAGGAAAUGCUACUUUAUUUCCACUGAAACAAAAAGCUGGACCUUGGCCCAAAACUCUUGUAUCACACGUGGUGCUACUCUUGCUGUCAUCGACUCUGAAAAGGAAUUG